UAAAAAUGGCCGAGUUGCUGCUCGAUUCGGACAUCAGGCUUUGGGUAUUUUUGCCCAUUGUAAUUAUAACGUUUCUAGUAGGAAUCAUCAGACAUUAUGUUACCAUUCUCCUUUCAUCAGAGAAAAAAACUGACAUCUCUCAAGUUCGGGAUAGCCACACAUUGAUAAGAAGCAGGCUCUUGCGGGAAAAUGGAAAAUAUAUUCCUAAAGAUUCCUUUCAUAUGAGAAAGUCAUUCUUAAAUGCUGAAGAUAAAGGGCUUAUCUACAAACUAAAGUCUGCUGAGCGUGAGACACCUGCUAAGAAUCCAAUGACAGACCCCAGUAUGAUGACCGACAUGUUGAAGGGCAAUGUGACCAAUAUGUUGCCUAUGCUUAUCAUUGGAGGGUGGAUCAACUGGGCGUUCUCUGGAUUUCUCACAACAAAAGUACCCUUUCCACUCACCUUCAGAUUCAAGCCCAUGUUGCAGAGAGGAGUAGAGCUAAUCUCAUUGGAUGCUUCAUGGGUGAGCUCAGCGUCCUGGUAUUUCCUGAAUGUGUUCGGUCUCCGCAGCAUGUACACCCUCAUCCUUGGACAAGAUAAUGCUGCUGACCAGACCAAAGCCAUGCAGGAGCAGUUCUCGGGUCAAGGAAUGGCAGGACCUCAAGAUCCUCAAAAGGCAUUUAAGGCAGAAUGGGAGGCCCUGGAGAUUACUAACCACACCUGGGCACUGGAGGGGGUAGAGGAGGAUGUCACUGGGCAGAUUAUACCACCCGAGACCAUCUAUAUCAAGGAUAAAUUUGCAUAAGAGAUGAUGGUAGUUUGCGGCCAAGUUACUAAGUUAUACCACCCGAGGCCAUCUGUAUGAAAGGAUAAUUUGCAUAAGAAUUAAUGUUUCACCUAAGAAUUGAUGCUUGUUGUUUGAAGCCAUGUUAUACCACCCAAGAUCAUGUUCAAAUACAUGUUUUUAGCUCGACUAUUUGAAGAAUAAGGAGAGCUAUCCUACUCACCCGAGCGCUCAGUCGGCGUCGGCGUAACCACUUAUGUUAAAUUUUUGACAUAUGGCUUUGAAACUUUGCACACUUGUUUACCAUCAUGCCCCCAACCUGUACACAGAAGGAGGUAACUCUAUCAAGCAUUUUGACAAAAUUAUGCCCCUUUUUCUACUUAGAAUUAACGUUAAAGUUUGCGUACCACCUCAAAUAUUUUCAAAGUCCAUUGAAAUCUGGCUUUGAAACAUUGCACACUUGUUCACCAUCAUGCCCACAACCUAUACACAGGAGGAGGUAACUCUAUAAAGCAUUUUGACAAAAAUAUGCCUCUUUCUACUUAGAAUUUACGUUAAAGUUUGCGUACCACCUCAAAUAUUUUCAAAGUCCCUUGACAUCUGGCUUUGAAACUUCGCACGCUUGUUCACCAUCAUGCUCCCAACCUGUACACAGGAGGAGGUAACUGUAUCAAGCAUUUUGACAGAUUUAUUCCCCUUUUUUGACUUAGAAUUUACGUUAAAGUUUGCGUACCACCUCAAAUAUUUUCAAAGUCCCUUGACAUCUGGCUUUGAAACUUUGCAUGCUUGUUCACCAUCAUGCCCCCAGCCUGGUAACAGGAGGAGGUAACUCUAUCAAGCAUUUUGCAAAAUAAUGUCCCUUUUUCUACUUAGAAUUUACGUUAAAGUUUGCGUACCACCUCAAAUAUUUUCAAAGUCCCUUGACAUCUGGCUUUGAAACUUUGCAUGCUUGUUCACAAUCAUACCCCCAACCUGUACAAAGGAGGAGGUAACUCUAUCAAGUAUUUUGCAAAAUUAUGCCCCUUUUUCUACUUAGAAUUUACGUUCAGCUUGCGUACCACCUCAAAUAUUUUCAAAGUCCAUGGACAUCUGGCUUUGAAACUUUGCACGCUUGUUCACCAUCAUACCCCCAACCUGUACACAGGAGGAGGUAACUCUAUCAAGCAUUUUGACAAAAUUAUGCCCCUUUUUCAACUUAGAAUUUACAUAAAAGUUUGUGUACCACCUAAAAUAUUUUCCAUUCAAUUUAUGUAAAUAUCUCAACACAUCAUGUAUUGCAUUGAAAACUAAUCUAACAGUGAUCCAUGUAUGUUUCGCCAAAACUUUUCAAUCCAUACACCGAAUAGCAGCGGAAUAGUUGAGCGCCCUGUCUCUGUGACAGCUCUUGUUUAAAUACUAGUUCUGUCAGUAUCAAAGAAAAGUUAACUUCUUUUUUUGUGUGUAAAUUUUCCAUUUUGUAAAUUUUCAUCAAAACUCAUAAAUGUCAUAAUAGAAGAUUGCAUCAUAUUUAUUGACUGUUGAGCGCACCCUAUUUAAGUGUUGUAGGAAAGAUAUUUGAAUCUGAAAAUUUAAGAAAAAUCUCUCAGUUCAAAUGCUUUUGUGAAUUCAGAUUUAUAUUUUCAGAUUGCUGAAAUGUCUUACUUUUGAUCAGCUUUGAUUUAGUUAUGAAAGUUUGUCCAAACUGCAGGCCUUGUGUCUGAGUGACCAACAUGCUAUCAUGUAGAGUCAUAGCAAGUAGAUUGUUUGAUGCUUAAUAUUAUGUAAAUGUUUGAAGUUGUAAUAAAUACUAUUAAAGAAAAGAAUAACAGAUUUAAUAUGGUAUUAAUAUAAAUGCAUUGUAUUGUGCAAUAUAUGUAAUGUGUCAGAUAAAUAAAGACCUGCAUUCAG